CUUCCUGAGCUAAGCAACAGGAGCCUGGGAGGCCAGGCCUGCCGCCGCUCCCUGCGGCCCCCUGGGGGCAUCUCAAGCCCCCCUGCCUUCCCUUCCUUGGGGCUCUGGAACUUGCCUGCCCUGGGUUCCUCUCCAGGCCUCUGCAAGUCCUGACUUCCCCUGCCCCUCCCCUCCCCUCUUGUAUGGACGCCAUGCGCCUGUCCCCUGCCUGUUCCUUUCAGGGCCUGGUCUCAGGCGCUCUCAUCCUAGGCCUCUUUGGGCUUCUGGCUGGCCAUCAACUCAGACAGGGGCUUCCGGAUACAAAGUGUGGAGACAAGGAAUAUUAUGACUCCAAACACCAGGUCUGCUGUGCCCGCUGCCCUCCAGGUAUGUUUGUCAGUGAUUUCUGUGACGGACGCCGAAACACCACAUGUUCUGUGUGCCCGCCAGGCUCCUACAAUGAAUUCUGGAACCACCUCAGUGGCUGCCAAUUUUGCCGUCAAUGCGAUGAAGUGCUAGGCUUUGAGGAGAUAACUCCCUGCAAUGCCAGCAAGAAAACCCAAUGUCGAUGCCGCCAGGGCAUGUACUGCCCCAAGCAGGGUACCGAAUGUGAACACUGUGAGCCGCUUAGCUCCUGCCCGCCGGGCACAGAACCUGAACUGACAGAUAAGGUUGGAGAGUUUGACAACAGCUGUGUUCCCUGUAGAGUUGGGUACUUCCAGAACCUAUCGUCUCCUGACGUUCGGUGUCAACCUCAUACCAACUGUGAGGCACAGGGCCUGGUAACUGCUGUUCCUGGUACUGCCGAGUCUGAUGCCAGAUGCCAGAUCUCACCUUGGAAGAUGCCAGGGACAAUUUUGCUGCUAUCUAUCCUGGUCCCCAUGGCUUCCAUUCUACUCCUUAUCAUUGUCUUCUCCUGUGCCUGGAAGAGGCACCCUUCUCUUUGCCAGAAGCUGGGGUUACUACUCAAGAGGAGACCAGAGAGAGGGGAUCUGAAUCCUCCCCCAAACCAGGAUGUCUCUAGAACAAAUCAGAAGUUCCCUGACUUGGUAGAACGACUCCUAGGAGAUGCAGUUCUGGCCCCCAAUGAACGUCUUCUCCCACCAGCAGUGGAAACAGAAAUCCUACAUCAACAAAGCUCCCUGGGCCAGGGCAGAGAACAAGGCACAGAGUCUGGGGAGCAGGGCCAGGAGCUGCCCCAUGGUACCAAUGGUAUCCAUGUGACAGGUGGCUCAGUCACUGUCACAGGCAACAUCUAUAUCUAUAACGGACCAGUCUUGGGAGGAGCACGGGGGCCUGGAGACCCUCCACUUCCCCCUGAACCCCCAUACCCAAUCCCAGAGGAGGGGACCCCAAAUUCCCUAGGCUUCAGUGGACCACACCAAGAGGAUGGCAAGGCCUGGCAUCUAGCUGAGACUGAGACCCUGGGAUGCCAUGACCACUAGCUGUGGAUGAAGGGAUUACAAUUUGCUGACUAUUCCUGAAAGUGCCUGAGGGAAAUGGAGAGGAAUCAGAGCACUAUCUCACCUGAGGCAAUCUUGCUUCCACAGGAUUUAUAGGGGGUCUGACUUCAAGCCCUCUGGGAAGGCAGAGUUACCACUGGGUUGAAUCAGAGACACUGCCAAAGGUGAAGUGUCUACUGUGGGUAUUGGACCGGUGUAGGAUAUCCUGCUAAGGGACGUUAGCACCUAUUAGGGCAUCAAAGGGCAUUCUAGACCUCAUCAGGCACUUGUCCAUACCAGCCACAGAUGCUGUGAGGGCAUCUGAUGCCAAUUCCUGUCUGCCUAGUGGUCCUGCCACAUAUACCACCUCCACCAUCCAGCACAGAAUGGAUACUGGCCUUGAGGCAUUCCCACCCCAUGACUGUUG